AGACACCAUUUUAGGACGCUUGUUAAAAAUUUUCACUGAAAAACAGAAAAACGUCUAAAAAUUGAACAAAAUUGCUGAAAAAUGGACGAAUUAACUCAACCAACGAAGAAAUUCAAGUAUCAACAAAUUUUUUUGAUGGAUUUGCCAGCUGAACUCAAAUAUCGUAUUUUGGACUUUCUUGAUGCCACAUCGUUGAAAAGAUGUCGCUUGCUGAACAAAACUUUCCUCCAAAUGAUCGACAACACCGCAAAAUACAACAAACACUGGAUUCUGGAUGUUUCUGGAUGGCCAGUCACUGCAGAUCAAGAAUUCGUUCAGCUCUACACGAAUUCCGGGAUGAAAUUCGGACGUUUCGUUGGUCACACAACUAAAUUCACAUUUAUUCCGGAUUUUUUCCAGAAAUUAGGCAAAACCGUCACAUACAUCAAAGAUUUGCCCUUUAAGUUUUUGAAUCGCGAAACGACUGAACUUUUCAUCAAAACUUUCGAUAAAGUUGAGGUCCUCAAAUUGAAAGACAAUAUUUUGUUGUGCAACAUGCGUCAAUGGCAACUGGUUUGGCCAAGUGUGAAACGUCUCACAAUUUAUUCUACAUUGAAUGACAAAGAAUACAAAGGAGACUUUUCGGAAUUUCCACACGUUCAAGAAAUCACUUUAAGAGUCAAAAAUCUCAUCACUAAGCAAGCAAAAGCUUUAUUAAAAGCGUGUCCACAGAAGAUCACAGGAAUAAAAAGUAUGAAUAUGUAUGAAAGCUUGAAAGAUUUGUAUGAGGUUCGGGAUUUGUCCUUAAAACGGCUGAAAUUGCGUCAGAACGUCGUAGAUGUGAAAUUUUUGCAACGUCAAACUGAAAUUAUCUCUUACCAUAUCUACACAGAAUCGUUUUCUGAUAUCCUGAGGCCUCUUCCGGCAUGCAUCAAUCUAGCAAAUGUGCAUUCGUUGGACGUUUCAUUGCUAAAUGGCUCAAAAUUUGACUUAAAAUGGCUUCACGACAUGCCAAACUUGAAGAAAUUCGGACUUCAGUUCAAAUAUUUUCCAGUGUCGUGUGCGGCACAAGUUUUUUGCUUUCUAAAGUCUCACGAAGCUCUUCCGAAUCAGACCGUAAAAGUGUUGGACGUCAGCAGAAUCGUCAAAACCUGCUUAAAUUGCCUGCGCAGCUUUCUCGAAUCUUUCGCCAACUUGAAAAAACUUCAAAUUCUAUAUUGGGACUCCGAUUUUUGUAACUUUUGGAAGACGAUUAAUCGAGCUCUCGAAAAAACUGGCGCUUCGGUGCAUUUAUCAACAUUCAAACUUAAUACUGACUUCUGUGAAAAUAAAAUAAAAGUUCACUACAACUAUUUUGCAGCGAUGACACCGUUCCCGAAUCUCAAGACACUUCAAUUAAUGUUUUGUCACAAGCGCCUUUCGAAGAACGCUCUCAAAACACUUUUCGAGAAAUGUCCCAAUUUACGGAAUAUAACUUUCGGAGUCGGACGUCGAUUUAAUUAUCAGUUGAGCAGUUUUCUCAUUCAUCAAUUAAAAUAUUUUACUGUUCUUAGAAUGUCCAAUUAUACGCCAGAAGAGAUAAUGCUUGAUGAACAUUGUAACGCAAUUACUGAUAUUUAUGCCAAUGCGGAGACAAUUCAAUCUUUACGGAAAACUCCCCUAAAGCUCUGGUGUUUAGGAAUGCCAUUACAAUGUUAAAUGAACGAUUUACUCGCAUUGUUCAAAAAAUUUCCAAUGUUGAAACAAGUGGAAACAAGUUGAAACAAGAAAGGGAAUUUGAAUCAAUUACUCGUGCUCAAUUUUUUGGUGAUUUGUAAGAGUCAAAAUAUUUAAUUAUUUUAUUUUCAGUAAUAAAAACUUUAAAUUUUAAGACUCAACUUUUUUUCAGCUUAAUUUUGAUAGAA